GUUUCUUCACGGGCAGGCUGUCGUUGUCUCCUCGACCUGAGAAUUCUUCCAUAUCUACCCGACCCGAGUGGACCGGAGAGAACGAAAAAACAAAACAGGAAGUACGGCGCUGCCAGCCAGAACUGCAACAGGUUGCGCCAAGCGAGCCUGUCUUCACGUCUGUUUGAGGAUCUAAUUGAAAUCCCAUCUACGUGCAAAUAAUUGAACCUUCAGCGAGUACAGCGAGACGCUCCCUGGUCCCACAGAAGGUGCAGAAGAAUCAUCGAAAAAUGUCCGCCCUGCAGGAGAUGAGUCCGAAUGUGAGGAACAUAAAGCAGUUGCAGUAUGUGGCCUUAAUCAGACGCGCAAGCCAGAUCAAGGAAGAGCUCAGACAGAAAGUGAGGAAGCCAUACAAAGAGAUGAUAGAUGUCUGCUGGGGCGACCCGCACAGAGCAGGCGUGAAGCCGCUGACAUUUGUCCGACAGGUUCUUGCAGCUUGUCUUUACCCUCAGCUGGUGGACAGCGACACACUGCCGGUGGACGUCAGACAGAGGGCUCGGAUGCUGCUCCGGGGAUGUGCUGGAGGGAGUGUCGGUUCCUACACCGCCCCAGCGGGAACAUCAGAGAUAGUUCACGGAAUCUCUGAGUUCAUAACGAGACGGGACGGCGGCGCUCCGUCUUACCCUGAAAACAUCUACAUCAGCCCCGGCUCCCAGUGGGCCCUCCAGAACAUCAUCAACGUCUUGGUGAACAGCGAGCCUUCGUCCCCCAAAACGGGCGUGCUGACCCCGUUGCCGUGCUACUCCACGACCAUUUCAUCCAUGGUUGGACUGGGAGCUGUGGCGGUUCCCUACAGCCUCUGUGAGGAGCGGGGCUGGGAGCUGCAGGUGGAGGAGCUGCAGCGAGCGCUGGAGUCUGCGAAGGGAGUCUGCAAGCCUGUAGCGCUGUACAUCGUCAACCCCGGGAAUCCCACAGGUUAUGUCCAAAGCAGGAAAUCCAUGCAGGAGGUGAUCCGGUUCGCUUCCGAGAAGAGGCUCUUCCUUCUGGCGGAUGAGGUCUACCAGGACUGUGUUUAUGGGGACAACAGUGAGUUUGUCUCUUACAAGAGGGUUCUGGCGGAGAUGGGGCCUCCUCUUUCUGACACGGUGGAGCUGGCGUCCUUCCACUCGGCAUCCAAAGGCUUCAUGGGAGAGUGUGGUCUGCGUGGUGGCUACGUGGAGCUGGUGAAUAUGGACCCCGCCGUCAUGAAAUACAUCUACACUCUGUUCUCAGCAGACAGUUGUGCGCCCGUGUUGGGUCAGUUUGCCUUGGAUCUGUUGACGAGCCCUCCACAACCAGGAGAUCCCUCCUACCCACUCUACCGCCAGGAGACGCGACACAUCAGGAGCACGCUGGUUCGCAAUGUAAAGAGAGUCUUCGAGGUCGUGAACAGUCUGCCGGGUUUCUCCUGCCAGCCGGUGGAAGGAGGAGUGUUCGCGUUCCCCAGAAUGCACCUCCCACCGGCAGCCAUUCACAAGGCCACGGAAAUGGGAAUGCAGCCAGAUUUGUUCUACUGCGCCAGACUACUGGAGGAGGCCGGUGUGUUCGUCAUUCCCGGUUGUGAAUACGGACAAAAGGAAGGCACCUACCACAUCAGAUUUUGCAUCAUGGUCCAGGAGGACAUUAUGGAGGAAUUACUGAGGCGCCUGACCAGCUUUCACACACAGUUCAUGAAAGAUUUCUCUUAAAAAAAAUAAAAUAAAA